GUAACUGUGACCAGUAUUGCAUAUCGUCUGCAAUUAAUAAUUUGGAUACAAAUAUUUUUGAUGUGCAUUCAACUAAUUUAGAAAUUAUAUGUUUAUAAACAUCAUUAAAAAACUAUUUUCAAUGCACCUAUAUUAUCUUUUUUUUCUCAUGCUCUUGCAUUAUUGUUUUUGGUUGCAGCCUUCCUAACAGAAAUGCCAAUAAUUUGGACUUUUGGAUAAAUAAAAAAGAGAGGAAAAAAAAUUUUAUUACAAAGAAGAAAAAUAAUGAUUAGUCUAUGAAAAUGUCAGAGUCCAAUACUAUAGGGACCAAUGAUGGGAAAAGAAAAAAGCCUGCAGUUCCCCGACGGAGACAAACUCACAAUGCUGUGGAACGUAGACGUAAAGAUAAAAUCAAUGGCUGGAUUUCAAAAAUUGCUGAACUCCUUCCUUGUAAAGAGGUCCAUAAACAGAGCAAAAUAAGCACUUUGGAGCAAACUGUUGAUUACAUAAAGCGUUUAGUUUCUGAGAAAGAAAAGCUCAUGUCAGAUCGCUGUUCUGAAGUUCAAGCUGAAGAAGUAAAACAGUUGAAGAAGAAAUUAACCUUUGUUACUGAACAGAACGCUGUGUAUGAAAAAUUAUUGCUUGAAGCUAACAUUAGUUUGAACUCCUUAUCUGAGAAAGUAUUGAAAUAUAGCAACAAACUUGAGAAUAAAAAUGGUUCUUUUGUCGUCAAAAACUCUGAUUCUAAUCAAUGUGAUAAAUCAAUUCAAGUUAAUAUUAUUUCCUCUCCUAGCUUUUCCGAAGUUGCAUCCUCUGGUAAAAACAAUGCUAGCCAAAUGUGCAAAAAGGGUAAAGUAUUGAAGCAUAAAAGUACCUUAAAAAGUGUAUUGAAACCUAAAAUUACAAGAGCAUCAACCAGUUCUUCUUCAUCUUUAGCUAAUGUUCCUAUUAAUACUGUUAAUAAUCAAGUUUGUCUGCCAACUUCUUCUUCUGCUUUAAUUGUUAGCCAUAACGGACAUACCGAAAAUCAGAUAGUUCAAGAUAUUAUUUUGCCUAACGUAGUGCCUGGAGAUAGUGUCAAGAAUGCUUCCAUUCAUACAGGUGGAGUGACAACAGCACUUUCACAGUUCCCAGUGAUGUCUACAACCCAAGGAUCAUCUCUAGUCAAUGUUUGCAACAAGAACAUGUCAACAAUAAUUAUUCCAGCAAGUGGAAAUAUUUUGCAACAAUAUCAACCUCAAGACAAAUCAUCAAAUACAAUAUCAAUUAUUUGUCCAAGUACCUUACCAAUUUUGUGGCCUCAAUUAAUUAAUGUAGCACCUGUUACAAGAAAUGUGGGUUUGCCAUCACUGAUAUGUCCCACACAAAUUGAUAAUUCAUGCCUGCAAGGAGAAAAAUCUUCUUUAAAUAACACAUUGAUUACUAUUAAUCCAAGUACAGUUGUUCCUAUUUCAUCAAACAUUUCUGCAAAUACAAGAAUUGUGCUGCCAGCACAGCCAACUAUUUUAGGAAAUGCUUGUGCAACUAGCAAUUUUUCGCAAAGUAUAAUUCCAACUUUUACAAAUCCCUUAACACCCAGUGACCCACUUAUAGUGCCUUUGCAACAAGCAUCUUCUUCUGAUUCAGCUAAUAAACGCUUCCAUGCUCAUUGCCUGAACUCAGAUGAAAACAAGGCUGAAAAUUCUACUCAGCCAUCUGUCAGUAACUGUGUAACUGUCAGUUCAAAUUUGUGUUCAAAAGCAGCUAUAAAUUCUGCUCUACCAUUGAAUACAUCUCAAACUAUAGUCGAAAGAGUUUCAAAUAGUCAAGGACUAAAAAUAGAAAGAGCUAAAAAUAAAGCCGUGAGAAAUAUGCCUGGAAAUUCUCUGCCUUCGUUGCAAGUACUCUCUGCUAAUAAGAUAAUUUCUCUUGCUAAUCAAUCACAAAAAAUACAGGCAAGCUUAUCAGUUUCUUUAAAUCAAAAACUAUCUCCUAGUUCUCCCCCUGUGUCUUCGAACUCACAUAAUAAUACCAUUCAACAAUUAUCCAAUACAGUAUGCUUACAAAUCAAUGCAACCGAAUCUGAUCACUUAGAAACAAACAAAUCUUCAGACAUUUCAGCUCAAAAUGUUCCUGUAACAACCUGUUGCACUAGUAUCUCCUUGCCUGAUUCUUCCUCAAAAUCAAAUUUCUCUCUCUCUGCUUUGAUGGGUAAUUCUAUUUCUAACAAAGAUAUCUGCAGCACUACUAAAGAAUUGGAACAAAACAAACCAACUGAUAAUUCUAUAUCCAGUCACUCAGCUAUAAGUAGUGCAUGGCCUGUCAUAAAGUCUGGAAAUCAGUCUAGUAUAAAUAGAACAACAUCUCAAUGUGAGGAAACUUUGGCAGGCAUUGGGAAUCAAAAAGGUAUUAAAAAGCAUAUCAUAAGUAGUGACCAUGUAUCCUCAUCAAUUGUGACUUCAUCGAGUGUAUCAAAGUCUUUUGCUUCUUUUGGCUCUUUACAAAAUAAUAGUGGCUCUUUGGUUUCUUCGUCAAGUUCAGACUUGCAAGCAUCUCCGAAUAAAAACUUGAUUUUAAGUUCAAACAGUAGUAUUAUAAAUCCUUGCAAGCCAAUAAGUUCUGUGGAUAAAAUUAUGAUGAAAAAUCCCCAAGUUCAAAGUAGUACUAAUACAAAAAUUAACAUUUCACCAAUAAAAGAAAUUCAAAUAUCUCAAAUGAAUGCUAACACUAAAGGUAGUUCUAAUAAUGAAAAUUCUUCAGUAACAAUACAAGUACCUAAUAAUGUAUUUUCUGACACUGUAUCAUUUGUUGUAAAUGAUUGUGCCAUAAAUCAAAAUAUUUUGCCUUCAAUGUUUUCAAUGAACCAAAUAGUUUCUUUGAAUUCGACAGUGUUCACAAACUCUUCAUUGCCAGGAAACAUUCCAUCAUCCCAAGUAGUUACAACUUCUCGUCAUUUAUCAUCAAAUGUAACUUCUGUAUUGCCAUCAUCGUCUAAUGUUUGUUCUUCUUUGCCUAACUUGUAUCCGAUAGGCAAACAGCCAAUUACUUCAACUUUGCCUUUAUUAUCUACAUGCCUUGAUCGAUCUGUUGUUCUUUCAGAAAAUGAUUCAGCUCAUUUAGCAAAUAAUGAAUUAUCAUCUUCAAAAUCAGAAAGCAUAUCAACACCAAAUAAAAAUUGUCUUUCUAAUUCCAAAAAUGAAAAGUCUAAACAAGUUUCGAAUUUCAGAAAGAAAAAGACUCCCCCUAAGGUUAAUCGUCCAGAUAUGUCAUCUAAUAUUUGCAAUCAAAAUGAUAUUUCUCAAAUUGGAAGUAAUCUAGAUUCUGACAAAAUUCAAAUUAAUGAAAAAUCAAACUCUCAAUCUAAAGAAGAGGAUCAUGUUAAUGUAAGAUCGGAAGCUAGCAGUUAUUUUACCCAUUGUGACAUAUUAGCCAGAGCAACAGAAUCUAUAUUUGGUACUGAGGUACUAGAAGCAAAUUAUUUGUCAAAAAGAGGAAUUGUUUAUUUAACUUCUGAUCCAGCAGACACAAAUUCUUCAACAUCAGCCUGUUCAAAAGAAAACAGCAUUAUUCAGUGUUCUACUUCUAAUUCAGAUCCUAUAAUUUCUAAUUCAAAGGCACUUGAAGAAAAUUCUGAAGUUAGAGUUGAUAAUUCAAGCAAUACCUUGAAUUCUAUUUCUGAUAACUCAGAACAUCAAACUGUGUGUGAUGAAAGCGUUAAACAAAACAAACAAGGUAAAAUCAGAAAGAAUAAACUGUCCUUAGAUGAUGAACCUCCCUUAAAAAGAACUAAAGAAAAUUCUACUAAUUCAGACAAAGCACCUGAAGUUGAUUCUUUUUCUGAGUGCCAUCAGCUUCUUGAUUCCGCAUUGAAGCCCACUUCAACUGAAUCAAAUGUUGCUGAUAUUACUCACUCUGUUAUUGAUUCCAUUGGAAAUUUUAAUAACCAAAUUCAGAUUCCUGAAAAUAAUUGCAAAACUCCUACCACUGUGGAUACAGUGUUCUCCAUAAAUCCUAUCUUAGGGGAUAUUCUAAAAGAUGUAUCUCCUUCUAUAGUCAUGGAGUCUCGGAACACCUUUUUAACAUGCAAUGAAAAUCAAUCAAUGUUUAAUAAUGAUAAAAACUAUCAAUCAGUAAAUUUUUCUAACCCUGCCGAAGAAUAUCUUAACUUACCAAGAAUGAACUUUACUUCUUCAUCUGAAAAUUCUACUCAACCCACUGUGCAAUCUACAAACGUUUCAUUUUCCCAUACCACUUCUCUCUGUGCAACAAUGAGCGAUAACUCAAAGAAUUUCACAACUGUUUCGUUAUCAGAGUCACAAGUCAAACCUGACUCGAAGAAAAAAAAUUUAUUUUGUGGUAGUGAUCAAAGUCAAAACCUUUCUGCUCUCUCGGGUACAAAAACUUCAGAUUGCGGUAUAAAGUUAAAUCACUCUGAGUCUCAUUUCAGUGUUUCAUCUAAAACAUCUACUUCUCACAUACAUAGUCAAACAACCAUUAAUCAUGUUCCAAGUGUUAAUUCAACAGUCACAUCUGAUCCCAUAGGGACUGAAGCGGAUUCCCCAUUUACUCUGCGAGCUGAUGGCUAUGGCACUGUUCCCAACAAUUCCACUUUUUACACUCCCAUGUCAAACGUGUCAAGUGUUCAAAAUUUCCCAUCUAGUUCUUCAAUGUUAUACAAUUCAACAUUUAACUGUAUUAAUACAAAUGGAAUUGGGAGUUUACCUUUCACAAAACAAAAUACAAAUCUGUGUAAUUCAAAUACGUUCAGCUCUCAAACUCGAGUAGAUGCUUUAAAUCAUUCACUGAGCUCACUUUUGAAAGAAAAUAGUAACACUAAUAUCUUAAGUGAAAAUCGAAAUGGGGCACACUGUCAGACAUCGCAAAGUUCAUCGUCCGUUACAUCAAACAUAUCACAAUCAAAAUACUCUGCUCUUUCCCUUAUCUCUGACCAGCCUUCAUAUUCUGAAUCUAUUGCUUCAUCUACAAAUCAUUCGGAUUACAUACAAAGCUCUAUAGUAUGCACACCUAUAUCGAGUACACAGUUUACAUCUACUUCAACUACUUGCUCUAGAAUCCAGAGGGCAUCUCUGUCUUACUCUGCAGAGAGUCUUUUGCAGACUUCUUGUGCAAGUUCUGAUAAAAGUAAACAAAAGAACGAUAUAAUUAAUAGGUAUCCACAAAGGUUUACAGAUAAGAAAAAUGAACGUACAAAUGUUACAAACAUGCAUAACAUUAGUGAUACCCCUAUCUUUUUACCUGUAUCGAGCUGCGACAUUAGUAUUCAAAAUGCCCCUUUGGUGCCUUUACCACCAGUUACAUCUUUUCAUAACUUUUCAUCAAACUAUAAUCCUUGUGAAACUGUUUCAACAUCUAUUUUUAAUGGUAUGACAAGGACUCACGAUGUUCCUUUAACUCUGUCUAAUGAUAAUUUCUUGAAUAUGAAUUUAAGUGCUGAAUCCCAGAUAGUUGGAAAUAGGCAUGAAACAUCAACUAUUUCUAAGCAUCAUUCUAAUAUUUCUUUGCCGUUUGAAAACCACAGUUCCCUUUACAAUAAUUGCAAUUUUUUACCACAUGUGAAGCCAACUCUAGAGAAUUCUAGAGCUUCAGAAUCUGGUCCAUGCUUUCAACCGAACUCAUUUGGAAAUAAUUACCCUCAGCCUUCUCAGAAAACUAAUUGUUGCAAUUUUUCUCAUCGUUCUGUUUCAUCAAAUCCGGAUAUGUCAUCAGAUUUAAGUAUGCCUGUUGGCCCUCCAGUCCCAACGUUUCAUUCUGAAAAGAACAAUUUUAACUCUCACCGACCUACUAUACAACCCCCAUUUUCUCAAAACAAUGCAAAUUUUGUAGGUAAUAUCUUUUAUAAUUCUGCUUCUAACAAUACUCGUGAAGUCAAUGAUAUGACUGCUAAACCGUCCAACACCAGACCAUCUCAGGAAGUAUUUGUGCCUGAAAGUAGACAGAAUGUCCACAACUCAAGCAUAUUUUCUAACCGUAAAGCAGUGGUAUCUAAUCGAUCCAAAACUAAAAAGAACAAAACUACUAAUAUCAAUGAUUCUAGUAUUAAUAUCACUUCAAAUAUUGCUACAUUUGGCAGCAUUCAGGAAAAUGGUUGUAACAAACCAAAUUCAUCCUGUGUACCAAAUGGCUAUUUCAAAACAAAUCCUGGACCUCCCAUCGUACCUCCUAAUCAAAUUCAAUGUUCUCAGCAAAAGAUGUCAGAAAGUUCUGCCAAUUCUGUGAUACCAUCUAAUCCAACUUUUAAUCCUGUGUUACAUCAACAGAGUGACAACUUUUUCAAUUUAAAUUUUCAACACCCAAAUUUCGCCAUGAGUCAGUUGCCACGACCACCCACUCAACCACUAUCUUGUUCCUGCCUAACAACUCCGAUUAUUAGUCACACAUAUUCACCUUCAACACAUCCAGUUCCCAAUUUCAACUUAAGUAAUAUAUUACCUGAUAUGGGUUGUUCUAAUAACCAAGUUUCUAUAUCGCCUGUAAAAUUUCCAUCCAUGAAUCAUAAUGUGCAGUCAUCGUCAUCACCAUGUCAAACAAACUCUACUAUAACUAAUUCAGCACACAUAAUAUCUCACCAGGCUUGUGCACCGACUCUUUAUCCUUCUCACGCUCCUAUGGUUCGUAGCACAUUGAAUCCUAUUUUAGGUCAUAAUCCUCAAAGUUUUGGUGAAAGUCAAGUACCUUUGGUUGGUGGUGGCCCUACUACGGUUAUGUCUCAAAAUACUUUUUCUGCCACUCAGAACCCACCUUUUAGAAAUGUUAUCCAUUCUUUGCCAUUUGCACGCAGUGAUCGGUAAGCAUAUUCUGUUAAAGCUUACUUCUUCUAGGUUGGUGUUCAAUAUAAAAAAUGUUGGAUUAAGUUAAAUUCUUUUUAAAAAAAACUGAGUUUUUUAAUUGGCUUUGAAUAUUUUUAUAACUUUGUUUUAAAAUACAGAAAUCUAAUUUGGACUUCUAGGUUAAUCUAUGAAAAGUAGUAGAACAAUAUUUUUAAUUGCACUAAAAAAUUUAAAAUAUACUGUAUCAAUGUAUGAAAAAAAGCUUUAAAAUCUAGUCAUGUAAAAAUUGUUAUUGUUUUAUUUUUUUACUUACAUUCUUACAUUUUUUAUAUCUUAGCAAGUAACAACAUUGUUCAAUUGGCAUUGACAAUUGCCCUUUAUUUAUUGCCUUAUUGAAUUGUAAGUGCCAUUUAUACUACUUUACUAAGAAAUGCAUAGACAACUAGGAAUUGUAAAAAUAAAUUUUAAGCCUAAAAGUUUUUUAAUAUGUUUAUAAAUUAUUAUAAAUAUACUUAAAUAAACUGUUAUACUAGCUUCAUUUUCAAAAAUUUCAAAUCUGUUUUAUCAAUAACACUUUAUGAGUCAGUGUAUAAACACAAAAAAUAUUAUUUUAUUGUGAUUUAUUAAUAUUUUAUGACUGGAUUUUUAAAAGAUAUUACUAUGGUUUAUUUAAAAUUAUUGUUAGUUUUAUUAACUUUUGUUUUACUUUUUUAUGUUUGUUGCUGAAUUAUAAUAUUUUGUUACAUAUUUCAGUUAAUUAUUUUUUUAAUAAGUUUUCUUGCUAUUUUUCAUCAAAUACUGUAUUAUUUUCCUCUAAACUUCUAAUAAUUUACGAAGUUUAUUUGUUUAUUAUUGGUUAUUCUACACUUUUUAUAUCAGCUAGCCUGAAAUUGAUCAUCUAAUGCAGCAGUUCCAAAAAGUUAUUUUAUGUGUUACGCCUUUUUUUAAUCAGGCAGAAAUAUAUUUGUAUCUAAUUCAUAAUUGCUUUAAUAUUCUGAAGUUAUCUAAGUAAAUUGCUAUUGGAAAAAAAAAUUAUAUGAGAAAAUUUUUUUCCCAGCAACAAUAGCACAUUGAAUAACAUACAAUAAAGGAAUUUAUGUAUGAGUACAAUUGCAUUAGUGCUCAUCAAGCUUUUCAAUUCAAAAUAAAAUAAAAUAAUUCAAGAAUAAAAAGAUUUGUUUCCCUUAAAAGUCAUUCGCAACACUUACAUCAGUUCUAAUUCUUACAUCAGUCCAUAAUUUAGCAGAUUUUAUUCUUUUCCGGCAUUAAUAUUAUCAAAAUAAUUAAUAGUCCUUUUUUUAUUAGUAUAUUCAUAAUUGCUAAUGCUUUAUUUAUAAAGUCUGGAUACUACCAAUAGAAGCUCGAUUUCUGAAUACUCCACUGCCAAAAAAGAUUGCGAACUGUGAACAUUGAGUUACUCAUAAACAUUCAGUUUUCUGGAUUGUUAGUUGUUCGUUUUUGACAAGAUAUCCUAUUUUUACAACAAAAUGAAAGAAGUUAUUCAAAACAAAAAGGUAAAAUUUUUAUAAAUAAAAAAGAUUAAAUAAUAAUUUCAAAAAUCCAUUUCUAAUUUUCGUUUAAAUCUGACAAUGUGUUGAUUUUUUAUAUAAAUCCUGCUUAUUGGAAAAAGUAAAUAUUAACUUUGGAGCUUAUUAAAAUUUUUUAACUUUCUGAUUUCCCUCUUAUAUAUUAAAUGUAUUAUGCAAUACAUUGCUUUGUGAACUAGACCAAAAUUUAUCUAGAUUUAAUUGCAUUAAAUAUUUUUAUUUUCAGUAUUUGUAAUUUAAUGAAGAAAUCAGUUAAACAGUCAUUCCCCUAAUAUGAAAUCGCUUAGAACUCUGCUUAAAAAUGAGGUAAAAGAGUAUGUACUUUUUAAAAAAUUUAUUUAAGCUAGAGAGUUACAAUAACAUUAUCGAAACCUGCCGAAUCACUAGUGAGGAAGACGUAAUGAAAAAAAUAUUAAGAGUAGUUAAUUUUUUAUAUUCUCUAUUUCCUCCAGCAAUCAAACAGGGUUUGACAUUUUCAGUAGCACAUUCCUCAGUAGUUAUUCGUUAGAGUUAGAUCACGUUUUUGUCGCUUUGCUAAAAUAUUAAUUUGUAACCCCUUAUGUUUUUUUUUACUUCAUUUUUUGCAAGACGUCUAAAAAUAUAGGUCAAAGAAAGUCAAUAUCAAACACGCUUUCAAAUAGUUUUCCAAUCCUGACUUGAUUACAGCAUUACAUUACUGAUGUAGGUUCCAAGUAUCCUUAAUGUAAUUCAACUAAAAACGACAUCUUAAUGAUAUGGAUUUUGUUCUAAUGAACUGGGAUCCUAACUUCUUAAGACUACAAAUCACUAAAAUUGUAUUUCAUUAAAAAUGAUAUAGAUCGGAUUUUUUUUCUGCAUGCUUCUUAAAAUAAAUAAUAUUUUCAAAUUGAAAUGAGUGCGAGUGCAUUUUUCCUUUUGAAUAUUGUUUUUUUAUGUUCGUAAUGAUUGAUCAAUUAAGUCAAUCAAUGCUUUUUAUCCUUUUUUACCUUUUAUUUAUGUACAAUGUGCGACUUAACAAUUGAAGUCCUUGUCAUCAAAUAUUUAGAUCAUUCUGCUCUUAAUAUUUGCUCAUUUUGUAAAAAAAUAAAUCUAUAAAAAAUUAAAACAAUACUAAAAUAACAACAAAAAUGUGUAUUUUGAAUGUGAAGUGUAAAUUUUGGUUUGUAAAAUUGUAUAUAAAGCUGUAAAUAGAUUUGUGAUUAAUAGUAUAUAUAUAUUCAGAGUUACUAUAAUGCAAAAAUAAAGUCUUAAUAUUUAAAUUUC